AUGCUGGAAAAGAAAAUCGCACUCAUAACUAGUAGCUGUCGCAGUACACGGCUAAAUCCAUUCAUUACUGACUAUGUACGUUCUGUCAUCGCAUCAUCCAAUUUACCAAAUGGAAUUUCUGUACAUACUGUGGAUGUAAAAAAUUUCAAUUUACCAAUAUACAAUGAACCACGAGUUCCAGUUUCUCUGCCAAAACAUGAUCCAACUUCUUACUAUCAACACGAGACUACUCGCAAGUGGUCUCUGGAAAUCGGAAUAUACGAUGCUUAUAUAUUCGUGACUCCUCAGUACAAUUGGAGUAUCCCAGCGUCUUUAAAGAAUGCAAUUGAUUUUCUCUUUCAUGAAUGGACUGGAAAACCCGCUGGCAUCGUUACUUAUGGAGGCCACGGAGGCUUAAAAGCAGCUUCUCACUUGCAGGAUAUCAUUCGCGGCUUGAGAAUGCAACGGGUUUCUACAACACCUGGGUUGACCAUCACACAAAAAACCCUGGACGAUUGUAUAAAGCAUGGUCAUCUUGACAACGAACUAAUACAAUCCUGGAUAGGGAACGGUUCUGAUGAAGUCAUCCGAGAGAUGUGGGCAGAAAUCCUACAACUCUUGCAAUUAGAGCCUUAA